AUGGAGGCUUCUGUUCGAGUUGACAUUGCCUUCGAGAACACCUCUACCAGCGUCGCCGCUGCCCAGAUGCGCAAUGCCCUCACCCAGCUCUCCGAGACCGUCUCGGACCCCGAGCAGAAGAAGCUCUUCGAGACUGAGAUGGACAACUUCUUUGCCCUCUUCCGCCGCUACCUGAACGACAAGGCCAAGGGAAAUGCUGUCGACUGGGACCGCAUUGCCCCUCCCGCCCAGGGCCAGUUGGGCAGCGACUUCAAGAAGGUCUCGGACUUCCAGAAGCACAUCCCCUCCAUUCCCAAGAUUAUCGAGCUGGACCACCUCACCAUUACCGGUGCUGUCAACCUCGGCCGCGGCGUGACGCUCAAGGGUACCGUCAUCAUUGUUGCGACGGAAGGCAGCACUAUUGAUGUGCCUCCUGGUUCUAUCCUCGAGAACGUUGUUGUGCAGGGUAGCUUGCGUCUGCUUGAGCACUAA